GUGGAUGAUAUUUCAGCCGGUGACGCUCAAGUAUAAAACACCACAACCACAGUAUCAGGAUGCCUUCAUUCCUUUUUCUAGGAUAAUAGAAAAAUACACCCUCGCUUCUGAACUCAGCUCUGCGUUUUUAAUAGCUUACUGGUGAUGUGGUCACAUGAGUCGACGUUUGAUAGAUAGAAACUUUUGAAAGAGACAUGAGUAGCUCGCAGUGCUGUAUGUCAGCCCACAGAGGACACCCCUCCCCUGUUUUAAUGAUCGUCCAAUCAUCCACUGCUCGUAGGCUAGUCCCACUACAGAGCCACAGUAUGGAGAGACCGAGACAGAGGUGGACGCGUUGUGUCUUAACAGAGAGAGCUGAGCCGCUUAGUGCGCACUGACAGAGGAAUUAAAAAAAGAAUCCCAGAGCACAGAGACAAAGUUUUGUGGGACGCGUAUCUCUCGGCGCGGUUUUCUUUUUCACUGAACGUCAUCCUGGUCCAUGGGUUCAAGUUCCACAUAGGAGUAGGCUACAAGUUUCCAAUGGACAGAUACACGGAGACGGCUGGCGCAACAAGCAUGGGAUUAUUUUUGUAAUGUGGAUUGCCAUUCCCUUGCAAGAAAAUAAAGGUCUGCUGCGGAACAAUGUGAGACGUUAUGCGUCUUGGAUUCUCGUGUUUCUGGAUAUCUUGAAAAUCAUUGGCAACAGUUGAGAAGGAAGACGUUAUGCGCAAAGGAUUGUAUGCUGCGACCCCGGGACCAACAUGGAUUUGCCAUUACAACCCCCUGCCCCUUAUUUAGAGAAGUUGUAGCCGGUCCACUUGUGUUGUUGUACUUGUGUUUUGAGAACAAAUUGCCACAUUGGCCUCUUGGAUUUUAACACGUCGCCUGCCUUUGGAUUGGAUUUCCAACACCAUGAACUUUAUUGACAGUUUGACACUAAUAUUUUUGACGCUGUCAGCUGUCAAGAGUGCCCACAUACCGAAGCCAACAGAAAGAGGUCCACAUGACGUGAUCCCUUUAAUGGAGGUGUACAACAAGAGUUUGUGUCAGCCUCGGGAGCUGCUGGUGGAGAUUUUGCAGGAGUAUCCGGAGGAGGUGGAGCACAUCUUUAUCCCGUCCUGCGUGGUGUUGACACGCUGCGCCGGCUGCUGCAAUGAUGAGAUGCUGCAGUGCAUGCCCACAUCCAGCUAUAACAUUACAAUGGAGAUUAAAAGAAUAAAACCCCAAAGGCAACAAAAUGAUAUUUUCAUGAGUUUUACUGAACACAGCGCAUGUGAGUGUAGGUUAAAGAAAGAAGUGAAAGAACAGAAAGAAAAAAAAUCCCGAAAAGGCAAGGGUAAAGGCCUAAAGAGAAAACGAAAGAAAAACCGUGACAAAACAAUUCACGAUGCUGUUUGUGAGCCAUGCUGUGAUCACUGCUCAGAGAGGCGAAAACGUUUGUUCGUGCAGGAUUCUGCAACCUGCCGGUGCUCCUGCAAACACACAGAUGAAUACUGUAAAGAACGCCAGCUAGAGCUCAACGAGAGGACCUGCAAAUGUGACAAGCCGAGAAGAUGAAAGAGGUGGGAGCACCAGAUGUACAAGAUGAAGGAAUAUUCUAGAGAUAUUUCAGAGCACAGCACUUUGACCGUUGAACCGUAAGCUCUUCUUUUCUGUGGAAAGCAUUCCCCUUGGACUGACUGAGAGAGAACAAAAAAGAAAGACAGACCUGAAGUUUCCUCCCACUGUAUAUCUGUGUGUAUAUAGACCAUGUUAAAAGAAAAAAAGAGUACAGAAUUGUUAUGCUGCUACAGAAACAAAUAACUAAACCCGUCAUUUGACAAAAAGCAAAUAGCCGCCAUGUGGUUUUGCAUUUCUAACAGGCUUGUGAUGCAGGUGUAGUCUUGUUGUGAAUUCCUUGUAUGCAAUUACUUCACUGGAUAUGAGUCUACUGUGGUUGUGUGUCAAUCAUAAAUUGCAAAACCUCUCAAUCUAAGAUAUAUUUAACUGCUAAAACAGCGGGUGAGGCUGAAGAGGACAAGGGAGCAUUUCAAAAAUGAUGGAUGGAUUUUCGUCUGUCAAUGUCUACUUUUGCUUUUGGAGUACGACAGCAGGACAAGCGGGACAGCUGAUGGACAUCUUGAAACCUUCUCUACACGAUAUCACUUCCUCUCCUGUGAGGACAUUGCAGGACUGACAUGGACUUACACAAUGUCUCCAUUGUGAUCAGCCUGCAAGAGAAGAGACUCUGGAGUGCCAAAUACUUUUAAAGGGAUACUGAUUGUCAAUAUAGCAUCUAAUAUUUUGUUAUGCCCUACAUGAAAACCACUGAAAACAUCCAAUACUGUAGUUUGAUUCCAUUUGAGAAACUGUGCCUCACAAAAUGUUCUGAGAAAUCUUUCGACUGCUUUUUAAAUUAUUUUUAUUUCCUUUUUCAGGAGAGGGGAUUGUCAAAGUAGUUGAACUCAAUACAGAAUCUAUUGAUUACAUAUCUUCUUAUCUGAACCUGUACAUGUACUUGUACUUAAUAUGCCUAAUAGUCCAUUCUAGAUAAUUUAUAAUGUUAUAGAGUAUUUUCAGUAUUCAGUCUUCUACCCAUAUUUAAUUUGGUCUAUUUAUAUAUGCAGUGUUAUGUAUCUGUAGCUGUCCUUUCUCCCCCAAUGUGUAAAGUCACUGAUGGCUGCGCUCAGCAUGGAGACCCUCUGUGCUUUUCUACGACUCAAACAGAACAAAAAGAAAAAUCAAAAAUUAUUUGUUAACAUUCCCUAAAUGGAUCAUUUGUACUGGUGUGCUGAUGACAUCUCCUCUGGAUUUUUCAACCCCUUGUAUCUAAGGAUGUGGGUGCUGUGUAGAAUUUGUGUGUAUCUGUGUGUUUGUGUACAUGUGUGUGUAUGAGUGUGUGUUUCACGUGCAUUUGCCGGUGUGCACAUCUGUGUGCAAGUGUUAGUAAGUUGUAUUUAAGUAUUUAAAUAAGUAGUGGAGCUGUGUUUUGUCCGUCCUGCAAGAUGCAAAUACAAAUAAAUUACUGCUAGCAGCUCAGCAUACACUACCACAACACCACUGUUUUAAAUUUGGAUAACAAUUUUCAUCCUUUCUGCCAUCAGUCAUAGAGCUCUUAUUAUUAGUUAUUUUUGUCUCUACUUCACUAUUAACAUGUUUUCUGUCUCUAUGUAAAACAGUAAACAUAUUUAUUUUCAAAUUAUAUUGUUUUUAUAUAAAAUAAGAAAAAGGUU